AUGGCCAUCCACACGGAAGGCGUGGCGGCGAGGUCCCUCCUCACGUCUGAGAAGCCGACCGUCGAGAUCGUCGAGACCGUCAAGCCCCUGGAGCUCAGGACCGUCACCGACCUGCUGCUGCGGCGUGUGGAGGAGGCGCCCGACGUCGAUGUGCUGGCCUACCCGGCGACGGCGCGCGGCCGGGACGACUAUGUCAACUACACGGCCAAGGACCUCGACCGGUUCGCCGAUGAGGCCGCGCGCAAGUACGCGCAGGCCGGUCUGUUGCCAGAGAACCCCUCGUCAUCCCAAGCAGAGGUCGUCGCCCUCUUGGCCAACUCGGACCUCAACUACGUCGUCUCCAUGUUCGCCCUCUCGAGGAUGGGCUUCGCCGUGCUCUACCUCUCGACGCGCCUCUCGCCCGAGGCCUACGUCAACCUCCUCAAGAAGACGGACUGCCACCGGAUCGUCGUCGCGGACCGGUACGGCGACGCGGCGGCGCAGAUCAACGCGCACUCGGACUCGCCCGUGUCGACGUUCGGCAUCCUCGACAAGGCCGACUACGACGUCGCCGAGCCGUCGGGCGAGCGGUUCCCCGUCUUCUCGCACCCCAACGCCGGCCAGCGCAUCUCCUUCAUCGUCCACUCGUCCGGCUCCACGGGGCUGCCCAAGCCCAUCUUCCAGACGCACGCCGCCUGCAUCUCCAACUACUCGAGCGGCAUCCCCUACCGGGCCUUCCUGACGCUGCCGCUGUUCCACAACCACGGCAUCUCGACCCUGUUCCGCGCCAUCUACGCCGGCAACCGCAUCGCCAUCUACAACGCCAACCUGCCGCUGUCCGGCACGACGCUCGUCCGCGCCAUGAACGCGACGGAGCCCGGCAGCCUGCACUGCGUGCCGUACGCGCUGAAGCUGCUCGCCGAGACCGAGGGCGGCAUCGAGGCGCUGCAGAGGCUCAAGCUCGUCCUGUACGGCGGCAGCAGUUGCCCGGACGACCUGGGCGACCGCCUGGUCGAGGCCGGCGUCUACCUCGUCGGCCACUACGGAGCCACCGAGAUGGGCCAGCUCAUGACCUCGUUCCGCGAGCCCGGCGACAAGUACUGGAACUACAUGCGGCCGCUGGCCUCGGCCAAGCCCUGGCUGCGCAUGAUCCCCAUCGCCGGCGACGUCUACGAGUGCGUCGUGCUCGACGGCCUCCCCUCCAAGGUGCUGUCCAACUCGGACGACCCGGCGCCCAACUCGUACCGCACCCGCGACACCUUUGUGCCGCACCCGACCAUCCCGGACGCCUGGCGGUACCUUGGCCGGCUCGACGACCGCGUCACGCUGGUCAACGGCGAGAAGGUGCUGCCCAUCCCCUACGAGAACCACAUCCGCGAGCACGAGCUGGUGCAGGAGGUCGUCGUCUUCGGCGUCGGCAAGUCCAUCCCCGGGCUCGUCAUCGUCCCCAGCGAGAACGCGAAGGGCCUGUCCAGGGAGGACAUCCUCAAGACACUGGGCCCGGUCAUCGAGCAGGCCAACGCCAGGGCCGAGGCCUUUGGCCGCGUGUCCCCCGAGAUGAUCGAGGUCGUCGACGUCGGCACCGAGUACCCGCGCACCGACAAGGGCACCGUCAUCCGCGCCGCCUUCUAUAAGCAGUUCGACGCCCUCAUCGAGGACGUCUACCGCCGCUUCGACGCGCCCAAGGACACUGUGUCUCGCAACGCUGGCGGCAACGGCGACGGUAACGGCAACGGUAACGGCGGCGGUGAGCUCCUGACGCUCAACCUCUCCCAGCUCGAGGACCACCUGCUCGACCUCUUCCGCUCCACGCUCGGCUUCCCCAAGGUCGACAAGGACACAGACUUCUUCGAGGCCGGCGUCGAUAGUCUCCAGGCCAGCACGGCGCGCGGGCACAUCCAGCGCGGCGUCGACCUCGGCGGCAAGUCGCUCGGGCAGAACGUCGUCUUCGAGUACCCCAACGUGCUGUCGCUGUCGAGACACCUCUACUCGCUCCGCACCGGCGAGUCGGUCGUCGACGCCGAGGACGAGAUCGACGUCAUGCGGCGGCUCAUCGCCAAGUACUCGGACUUUGACGAGAGGAAGCCCGGCUCCGUCACCCCGGACGGCGAGACCGUCAUCCUCACCGGCGCCACGGGCUCCCUCGGCGCUCACCUCCUCGCCCAGGUCGUCCGCCAGCCCUACGUCAAGGCCGUCUACUGCCUCGCGCGCGCCUCGUCCGCCGAGGAGGCAGAGUCCCGCGUGCUCCAGUCGGUGACGUCCAAGGGCCUCGGCCUCUCGGACGGCGACAGGGCCAAGGUGCGGUACCUCCCGACGAACCUGAGCCUGCCGGACCUCGGCCUCCCCGCGGACGCCGUCGCCGAGCUGCGCCGGACCCUCACCACCGUCAUCCACUCGGCGUGGGCCGUCAACUUCAACCUGGGCGUCGCCAGCUUCGAGGCCCAGCACAUCCGCGGCGUGCACAACCUGCUCAACUUCUGCCUGGCCACCGAGACGGUCCGCCCCGCGCGGCUCUUCUUCUGCUCCUCCGUGUCCGCGGCGGCCGGCACGCCGAUCCCGGCCCGCGUCAGGGAGACGUACGUCGAGAACCUCGCGCACGCCCAGAACAUGGGCUACGCGCGGUCCAAGGUCGUCACGGAGCACGUCGUCAAGGCGGCUGCGGCGAAGACGGGCAUGGUGGCCAGGGUGCUGCGGCUCGGCCAGAUCGUCGGCGACUCGGAGGGCGGCGUCUGGAACCAGACCGAGGCCAUCCCGCUGAUGAUCCGCAGCGCCAAGGUGAUCAAGGCGCUGCCGGCGCUGGAAGAGGUGAGUUCCUCCCCUUUGAUACCAACCCCCUCGUGGAUGCCCGCCGACAAGAUGGCCCUCGCCGUCCUCGAGCUCGCGCGCCUCACGGGCCCGCGCUGCACGUCCUGCGGCGCGGCCCCCUCGUCUCCGGACGACGAGGAUGCGGAUCUCGUGUACCAGGUGCAGAACCCGCGGCUCUUCCACUGGACGUUCGACUUCCUCCGGGCGCUCCGGGCCGCGGGGCUCGAGUUCCAGAUCGUCUCGCAGCGCGAGUGGGUGCGCCGGCUGCGCGAGUCGGACCCGGACCCGGAGCGCAACCCGACGUACAAGCUGCUGCGCUUCUUCGAGGACAAGUACGACAACGACAAGCCCGGUCGGCAGGGCCUCGUCUUCGAGACGGAGCGGACGGGCCGGAGCAGCGCGGCCGUCGGCGAUGGGUGGGAUGUCGUCGGCAGCGGGCUCGUGGAGAAGAUGGUGCGAUGGAUGGAGACGCAGUGGUAG